AUGUACACCGCAGAAAAUUCACUGGGAAGAGCGCUGGCAACAGCAAUUACGCACACCUAUAGGGGAUCUCAAGCAGCACACCCACUCAACCCUGCUGCUGCUGCUGCUGCUGCUGCUCCUGCUCCUGCUGCUGCAGUUCAGAUCAGAGGAGUGGAAACAGCAGCAGCACCAGCAGCUGCAGCAGCAGGAGACGAAGCAGGAGCAGUAACAGCAACAACAACAACAACAGCAGCACCAGCAGCAAACAGGAAGCUGUUCAAACGCGAGAUAUCACAGGUUCAGCACAUCUUCCUCCAAGACAACCUGCAGCAGCAACAGCAGCAGCUGCAGCAGCAGCAGCAGCAGCAGCAGCAGGAGAAUGAGAAUGGAGGUGAAGAGACAGCAGCAGGCUUGUAUGCAGCAUCGAGAGAGACAAGAUUAUUAAAGAUACACAGGAGCCCCGCAGCAACAGCAGCAUCAGCAGAAUCAGCAGAAUCAGCAGCAGCACCAGCAGCAGCCCCAGCAGCAGCAGCAGCAGCAAUUCAGCUAGGUACUGCAGAGCGAAACAAUUCACUGGACAGUACGGCGCAGCGCAAUGUCCCAGCGUGUUUUCUUUUCCUGCAGAACUGCAGAUGGCUUAUCGCUGGCGAAUUACCCCAGUGA